AUGGCGACAGACUUUUGGGCGAGCUCUCAUUAUAAACGCUGGUUAGUUGACCGCGCUACUCUGAAUCAGGCAAGGCUAGAAGAUCUGCAUUAUGUGGAAGAUCCAGAGCACCUGGACUAUCUGGCAAUAUACUUUGCAAAUGUGAUAACAAAAUUGGGCAAGAAGUUACAAUUUCGCCAAAGGACUAUUGCAACGGCUAUCGUUUUCUUUCGAAGAUUUUAUCUGAAGAACUCGUACUGUGAGACUGACCCUUUUACGGUCAUCGCGGCGUGCUGUUAUCUUGCUGCGAAGGCGGAAGAGUCGCCCGUUCACAUCAAAGUUAUUGUUACAGAAUCACGAUCACUGUUCAGUCAAGACAUAUAUGCUUCCAAGUCGUUCAUAUUAGAUAAUGGGAAAGUUGCAGAGAUGGAGUUUUAUUUGGUCGAUGACCUGGAAUGCGACUUGGUUGUAUUUCAUCCCUAUCGUACUCUCCUUUCGCUCUGCAAGAAAGAACCAAAUGGUGAAAUGUCUUCUGAAGAAGGAGAAGCAGACGACGCUGGAGUUGGAAUUGGUUUUGACGAUGGUCCUCGAUAUUGGGGCACUGGAGAGGGUCAGCUGGGACUUACACCUGUCGCAUUCCAAACCGCAUGGUCCAUCAUAAAUGAUACCUACAGAUCUCAAUUAUGCCUUUUAUAUCCCCCUCACCUCAUUGCGAUCGCAGCUAUAUAUUUGACCUUUAUUCUUCACCCUCCCACCCGACACGCGAUCAAACACGAAAAUUCAACAGGCCCAUCUAGGAUUCCCGAAUUGCCCGCUCCCAGGCGCUCUUCACGUCAAGCUCAUCAUACCAUGGCCCAACCUGCUUCUCCAAAGAAACCACAAGACCCCAUCACAUUUCUUUCCGAGCUCAACGUAUCUCUCCCCCUUGUCGCGACCAUUGCGCAAGAAAUCAUAUCCUUAUAUACACUAUGGGACCAGUACAAAGAUGAUGGAUCCCCUGAUGCGACUAAAGCCGCUCGCGAACUGACGAAUUCUCCGAGCCCGCUAAAGAGGUCGGGAAGCGCUCACGCAAGUGUUAGUGGUGUUGGAACACCAGGUACAGAUGAGGUCCCAGACCCAGAGGGAAACUAUAUAACUACAGCAUUUCUGUCUGGCGUUGUUCAGCGUAUACGUGAGUUUCGCUUGAUGGAUGUCACGCCUAUGGGCAGGCCGGUCGCCGUGAACAAGAGACUUGAGCGAACACAGGCUGUAGGGUAA